AUCUUUCCUUUAUCUCUUUCUUUAAGCGGAUAUCUCUCCUUUAUCUCUUUCUUUAAGCGGAUAUCUUUCCUUUAUCUCUUUCUUUAAGCGGAUAUCUUUCCUUUAUCUCUUUCUUUAAGCGGAUAUCUUUCCAUUAUCUCUUUCUUUUAGCGGAUAUCUUUCUUAUAUCCCAGAGAACAGUUUAAGCAACACGAAAGCCUGUGCCUUAACCUGACGUUGCAGCAGCCAUGAGCAGUGCCUACACGGUGGUGUUGGCCGCGGUGGUCGCUCUGUCACUGCUAUGCCAUAAUGCCAGCGGUGACAAUGUGGCACCCAGAGGCCUUCUCACUGCCGACAUGUUUCUGAACGCAAAGGCUUCUGCUCAGGCAGUUCCCGCUCCCGUCCAAGACUACAGCAAAGUUGCGGUGUCAGGAGCUACAACCGUCGGGCCCAACGCCCCAACGUCAGAUCCUACGACGACUUCCGCUACCGACGUGAAGACCAAACCAACGAAAAAAUAUUUCAACAAGAUUACAACGAAGAAAAACCACUACCCAAUCUUUUAUUACAAGAGUUUCUAUGACCCUGAUCGUAGUGGCUUGCCUGAUCAAAUGAUGACCGCUUCAAAUAAUGUUAAUAGUGUAUAUAACAAGAACCAGGUGACUAAUAAAAAUAAUGCCAGUUACAAUUCGGCGCUUUUCACAACUAAUCAAAUUUCUAAUUCUAAUGCUGCACAAGGUGCUCUGGGUACAUACGGCUCUCUCAACUCGUUACAAAACAGUGCUAUUUCGUCCAGUCUACUCAAGAACAUUCCAGCCACAGCUUUCGCAGCGACCUCUGGUGACGUGGCAUCGAUGUAUAAUCUACAACAACCUAAUCAGGUAAGCGGGUUGCGGCGUUCAGAUCGAGCCUUGUCUGGGGAAGAGCCGUGGUCCAUUCUUUCAGUACGACCGAGCUACAAGCAGAGCUUCCACGACAUUUCUUUCAGUGAACUUCACUCUCUUGGUUUCGUCGCGUCACCAAACGAGUAUGCACAGUUUGCAGCGCUUGAAACUUCUGAUCAAGGCAGCGAUGUUCCAAACCAAACUGAGGAUCCAACUGACCAACCAACAUCGUCAGUGUUAGAGGAUUUCGUUCAAAAACCAUUCGAAGGAGCUGCAGUGUUCAGGACAAAUGUUUAUAGUAAUGAUAAUCCUUCUUCGUUCAGACAGGUCAAUGCUGGAUAUACGGUGCGUAACCCCUCUCCCCAGAGAGAUGAACCAUAUGCUUUCACUCAAAAUGGAGAGCCUAUAUACGCGACUAUUUCUUCGAAUAAGCCACAAACUUCUACUCAGUUCGUCAGAGCACCGACAACAGAACUGAAAUUGCACAGGAACCUUCAAGAUUUUAUUCACCAGCAAGAAAAUGCCCAGGCAUUCGGCGAAAACAUUGCUGAUUCACACAAUCAUCAAAAAAAUAUCGAUGAAGAAGAAGAAACUCUUAGCAAAUCUAAGACCUCCGAAAAGAAGGCUGAUUCUACCAUCGAUAGCGAGAAAAAGAAAUCUUAUCCCCCGAAAGUAAUCUUCAAGGUUGAAAAGAAGCAAAAGAUCACAAACGAGCCUUCGUUUGCACAGCCUACAUCUUAUAGCCCGCCUCGACUUCAUAAGAGAAGUUCUAAGCAAACUCGCUCAAUAGGUGGUAAGAAGGGCGGUGGUUAUGACGCUGGAUAUGGAGGAGGCCAGCUGGCUCUCAUACAACCAAGUGGAGUGUCAUACCAGCCGUCGUAUGGAGUCCAACCGUCGUAUGGAGUCCAACCGUCGUAUGGAGUUCAACAGUCGUAUGGAGUGCAGCCUCAGUUGGCUUCAUAUGGUGCUAUUCCUGACGCUACUAUUGGUGUACAACCUUAUGGAGGCUUAGGUGCUGGUCUAUCUCAUUCAUAUGGAGGUGGCCAGGUAUUGUACGUCAUUGACGACUAUGGUGGAGGGAGAGGCAAGAAAGGAGGCAAAGGGGGUAAAGGAUCGUACAGGGCUUCAAAGGGUGGUGGGGGAAAAGGAGGCGUUGGCGGUGGUAAGGGUAGCUUUGGUAGAGGAAAAGGAGGUUUCGGAGGCGGGAAAGGAGGUGGUAAGGGUGGAGGGAAAGGAAAGGGCUAUGGCGGUGGAGCAACCAUUUUGGUUCCUGUGGGACAGUCUUACGGCCAUGCACCUAUUUCUCCAGCCCCAAUUAUAGCUCAGCCUCAGCCAAUUAUUGCUCAACCUCAGCCAAUACAGGUGGUGCCACAGCCAGUGCGUCAUGUGCAGGUCAUUCAGAGACCCGCACCCAUCGCCAGGCCAAUUCAAGUCAUUGCUCAACCAGCUCCUAUCCAGCCAGUUCAAGUAAUCAGUCAGCCAGUCCAUCAGCAAGUGGUUCAACCUCAGCAACAAAUGGUUCUUGUACCCGUAGGUGCGACAGGUGGUUAUGAUUACGAUAGUUACGAAGACUAUGAUUAUUAUGACGAUUACUACUACGAUGAUGGAAAGGGUAGCAAGGGGACGAAAGAAAAGGGAGCAUUUUGGGACUUCUGGGAUAAAGGGAUGAAAGGAUUCAGCUGGGGAGACAAAGGCCACGACAAGGGAGGUGGACUUGAAAAGGGUUCAUUUGAUAAAGGUGGAUAUGGUGGUGGAAAAGGAGAAUACGGUGGUAAAGGAGUAGGCAAAGCCAAAGGUGGAGACUAUGAUAUUGGACCAACUUACUUGCUGUUGAGUCCAGUUGCUGGUUACAAUCAGGGUUAUGGUCAAAGUGUUGGCGUUGGCUUAGGGGGCUAUGGAGGCGGCUUAAGUAUUGGCGGACUUGAUAGCUAUGGACAAGUCGGAGGGUUCAAAGGCUCCUAUGGCGACUCAAUUCCCAACCAUGAACUCGCUGGUGCCAUCACCACUCUCGACAAUGAUCAUCAUUCAUCAUCAUUGGGACAUUCAGGUGGACACACAGUAUACUCUUCUGGAGGGUUAUCCUCUGGAAGUGUAACAAGUUUCGGGUCUAGCACAUCGUACGGUGACAGUGGUGUUUCAACUUUUAGUGGUGGUGCAAGUCUGAGUUCAAAGGGUGAUAACUCUCACAUAACCAAGUUAUCACCCUCCAGUAUCACCACUAGUCAAGUCUCGUUUGGUGGUGCCGGGGCCAACGGAGGAUUUAUUGGUGGAGGAAGAAUCGUUGACGACAGCAUUGAACAUUUCGAUUUCGACAGGCAUUUCAAAGUCGAAAGCCGAGGUUCCGUCAUUGACGAUUCUGUUCUGUCAGAAAUCUCAAAGCCUGGCGAUAGCGCCGUAUUCAUAAGAGAGGAGUCUCCGAGAGAAUCUGAAUCUAGGACCAGUUAGAAGUUUAAUCUUUCUAAUCACCACUAAGUUUAAAUCGUUCUAAUAUGGGCCACUUUUAAAUAUACACGACCUGUAGAUAGUCGAAAUCCGACAUGAUCGCUCCUAUUGAAUGUCUACGAAUACCGUCGCCAUUGCACCAAAGCAAAACAAGCACAAAAAAAGUCACACGAUAAUUUCAUCUCAUGCGCGUUGUUAAAAAAGGCGUCUGUAAAUCACGGAGCUGUAAAUUCUGUUGGCUUCUCUUAAGCACGUCUUCUGGCCUUUUAUUUUAUUCUCAUUUGCUAUGAUUUCCUUUUUAAAAAUCUGCACGAUUAAAAUUUUUAUUUUAGAAUAUUAGUUUCUAUUGUAACUUUUACAAUUUGAUCACUUUUUUGGGAUGUUAUCAGGCCAUUGCGUCAGCAUUGUCCUACGAGCAGAAUUUCCAGAAUUUCCGAUUAAUUUUAUUACGUUAAUUUAAUGCAGGAGCAUUUAGAGGUUCAACAAUCGCAACUAUCAUUUGAAUUUGAAUAUGAACAAAUUUAUUUACUAAACUAACCUAAAUUUUUAGGCUUCUGAACUGUAAUUUUAAAUUACUGAAUUUCUGAAGAAGUAUAUAGGAAGCUCUGCACCGAGAGAUCAAUUUAAUAUUAAUUUAUAUUUUCAUUCGGUACUUAAACGUUUUAGAUUGUUUCUAUAAUGCACUAAAAGCAUUAUUAUAUCUGCAAUUAAAAGCUACAAUCAUUUUAUUACAUUUGUGAAUAUAAUUAAUUCUCAGGAAGAUCCUAUAGUGAUUGAGAUUUUAAGAAUAUUUAUUCUCCUUAUAAAUAUUUUAUUCACAACUUGAAUGGGUCUCCUGAUUACAUGUCUGUUCAACAGCACAAUAUGUUCAAUGUUAAUUCGUCCUUUUAUAAGUUGAAUUUUUACUUGUUGAAUUUUUGUUUAUCGUUUAUAAAGAUUUUAUUAUUCUAACUUGUUGAUUAGAUGAAUUCAUUACUACUGAUGAUCUGAAGAUCAUCACGAUUAUUCGGAUUAUCUUUCUUGAGUUGAUCUGAAUGGUUGAUUAAAUAACAAACAACAAAUGAAGAUAUUCUUUACACUCAAAGUAUUAGCUAUUUCCUCUUACGUUACAAACAAAGCCAUAUUCUUAUAUGGUUUGGUGCCUUGGUUGUCAUAUCUUAAGCUUUUUUGAGACACUUCAAUAUUCUAAGCUCUUUUGAAGCACAUUAAGUACUCGUACUUUCCUUGCACCGUACGGAAACCAUAUUAUACAUACUAAGUUGCCUAUUCUUCCAGUACAUACAAAUAUAUAUAAUGUAUCACUUUGCACUAUUAGUCACGGGUUGUAUCCUGAAAAUUGCAUUCAAUAUAUGGGCUGAAUAUC